GCUAUCUGUCCCUGUAGCUGCCCGACUUGUUAGUUGGCCGGCUGAAGUCGCAGGGGGAGUGAGGGUUAAAGGCGUCCGACGUUUCAAACUCAGACAGAGAAGUGCUGUCAUUCACAUUACAGAAUUUACCACAAGCACUUAUCAAAGGAAAUGCCCUUUCUUGUCUUUGAAGAUACCCACUGUAACAGACCCUCCCUCCCUGAGAGCCGGGCCCCUCUGGAUGACAGAGCUGGGAGCAGAGACGGGUCUGUGUCUGGUUCCAGCAGCAGCGUCCAUGCCCAGCAGUCCAGCUACUCCCUCCCCACUGGAUGGAUUGGUAUGGGGAGAAGCGGACCUCACAGCACGGUUAAGCGGCAGCUUUGGGACUGUGUAACGUUGACGAUGGUCCUGCUCUCUCUGCUGUUCCGACCAGCUCACUGCCAGCAGUGCCGAAUCCAGCGUUGUAAUGCAGAGUACGUGGCGUCUACCUCACCUGCUAGUGGACUUCAGGAGGACGUGGCUCAGGACGUGGACUACUGCAUCGCCCUCAGGGCCUAUGCACUGUGCACCCGGCGGCAGGCCCGCAGCUGCAGGGGCGACCUGGUCUACCACUCGGCUGUUUUCCGCAUUAAGGAGUUAUUCUCUCAGCAUAACUGCUCCAGCGACGGGCCCACCUCCUCUGCCAAGGUCCCAAGCACGGCUCGCCCGGCCGUGUCGGAGCUCUGCGACUACGAGACUCGGAUUCUAUCAUCGGGCCUGGCGGGCCAACAGAAGAAGUAUGCCCACUGUGGAUUAUUCGGAGACCCGCACCUAAGGACUUUCAGAGAUGAGUUCCAGACCUGCAAGGUGGAAGGGGCGUGGCCUCUGAUCGAUAACCGCUUCCUGUCAGUGCAGGUGACCAACGUGCCUGUUGUCUUAGGUUCCAGUGCAACAGCAACCAGUAAGAUCACAGUGAUCUUCAAGUCGUACCAUGGCUGCACAGAGCAGAAGGUGUACCAGGCGACUACUGAAGACCUGCCCAUGGCCUUUCAGGACGGGACUCGGAGCGGCGGCAAGAGCAGCAGCCUGAGCAUCGCCGAGAGAGGCAGCUCCGGCGUGGGCCGGGAAGUGAAGAUACAAGCCCGCUACAUCGGCACCUCAAUCAUCAUCAGGCGGGUGGGGAUCUACCUUACCUUCGCCAUCCGCAUGCCAGAAGAGACUUUGGACUUUUCUGAGGACAACGGUGGUCUGCAGCUGUGCUUACACGGCUGUCCACGCAACGAGCGCAUCAAAGAGCACACGCUGAGCCACCACGGCCAGCAGCCCAGCCUGCAGGGCACCAACGCAGAGCACGGGCCUCUGCGGCCUCCCAGCCAGGUCUACACGGUGGAGCGGGCCACGGCCAAGUGUAGGAAAACCCUCCAGGUGGAAGACGUGUACUUCCAGUCCUGUGUUUUUGACUUGCUAACCACAGGAGACCCCGAGUUCUCAAUGGCAGCCUAUGGCGCUUUGGAGGAUUUAAAGGCGCUGCCGCCCAGUAAACUGAAGCAGAAUUUCCCGAGGACUCCUCAUGUUUAUAGCCGGGGAGCGCCACAGACGCUGGCUGCGACUGCAGCGCACAGCUCCAUGCUCACACUCCUGCUCUGCAUUCUGCUGCUGUUGUAAGAAGAAAAAUAAUAACGUUUUUUUUUGUUGUUUUUUGGUUAAAGAAAGUGGAGCAUGAACAUAAACAGGUCAUGGAAGCAUUUACCAGCUUGAGGAAAGCGUGAUGAGCACAGACGUGUUGUGUUGAGAUAAUUGUUGUCUUUUAUUUUUUUAUUAUUAUUUUGAUCGGGAGGUGUGAUGCAAAUGUUAUAAUCUUUACUGUUUUUUGUCAUUUGAAGGAUUUCUCAUUCGUUCUCUUCUUUUCAUAAGUGAUUUAUACAUGAAUUGCAUCAUUUGAAAUGGAAAAAAAACCCACUUGGACAAUUUUAAUUGGUUUAUCACACUCUUUAAGUUAAAUCUACAGCUGCAUUGUCUGACCUCAAGGGAGCUAAACAAAAUAUUUUUUGUAAAUAUCUAAUUUUACUGAGGACGUACGCAAUCUCUAAACACUCCAGUAUUGGUGAAGCUGAAUGUCACUCCCUACAGUAUGUAUACUGUUUUUUUUUUGUUUUCUCUUCUCAACGAACAGUAAUGUGGCUUCUACGACCUGUAUAAUCCAGUAAUAUCAGUAGCACUUAACAGUUUUUUAGCAGCACGUUUUGUGUAUUUGAAUAUUAUCUUAAAUUUUCAGAAAUUCGCAAACAGAAUACACAGGAUCCAACAACUGUAUAUAAAAACUACCUACUCUUAAAGAAUGACACAUCACUGUCCUUUCAGCUCUCAUUUUCUGUGAAACACUCCCUCUUCAAGCUGCUCGGCUUCCAGUUUUAAAGGUGAAACACAAAUCUUCAUAUAAUAUAUUAAGAGUGUAUAUAUGUGUUUUAUAUUAUGUAAAUGUUCCUUUGUAUAGAUGUUUUAACUGUAAUACGUUUUACAUAUGUUGUCUAGUAGAUUAUUUUGAGAAAACUAAUAUGUGUCGUGCUGUAUCUUUGUUCUGUAUUAAAGUGGUGGAAACCUC